CAUAACCAAUCAAAUUAAAGAAACAGGCGCAUGUCUAUUGUUUUUAGUAAAAAAAGAAGGGGAAAGUGAGCAGUAGAAUUAAAAACAUUGUCAAAAGGAGCGCAGUAAACAGCAGCAAAAAAGAAGGAAUAAGCGCAUCUCUUGUUUUGCUUCUCAUGUGAAAUAUAAAAGUGAAAUACAUAACCUAUUUUUCUCAAUUAGUAAUGUUUAUAAAUAUUUGACAAACGUUUACAUUAUCGACUAUUCGAUUUUCUCCACCUUUUUUUUUUAAAUAAAAACGACAUUGUACGAUGAUGUAGAAACAAUCGAGUGUUUUUGCAAAAAAAAGCCACGUACGCAGCAACAACAAUGUUCAAUCGAGUUGCAUUUUAAUGAAACUCAAAAUUAACAUUAAAUUAUAUUUAUUGUAAACAAAAAAUUUGCUCAGCAUAUUUAUUAAAAAUGACAACGGGUCAAAGUGGCCACGACAAUUCCCUCGCGAUUCGACAAGAAAUUCAACGUUUCGAAAGUGUUCAUCCGUCGAUCUAUGCAAUUUACGAUCUCAUUGAUCUCUUGACAGAUACACAUAUUGCUAAACAAAUUCGAGAGCAUGUUGUUGCUAUUGAAGAUUCAUUUGUAAAUAGUCACGAAUGGACGCUUGCGAGGGAUGUGCCGGAAUUACAUUUAGGAAUAAUCGGUUCUUCCGAUUCGGGAAAAUCGGCUUUGGUACAUAGGUACUUGACUGGUUCGUUUAUGCACGAGGAAUCUCCCGAAGGUGGUCGAUUUAAAAAAGAAAUAUUCAUUAACGAUCAAAGUUUUUUACUUUUGAUUCGCGAUGAAGGAGGAGUUCCAGAGUCUCAGUUUUCUUCGUGGAUUGACGCUGUAUUAAUUGUCUUCAGUGUUGAAAGUGAAGAGAGUUUCUCGAUAGCUUGUAGCUAUUAUAAUCGAAUGUGUUCAUUUCGAAAUAUGGUUGACGUUCCAAAAAUUCUUGUCGGCGUACAAGAUUCAAUAAAUGAGAGUAAUCCGCGUGUCAUAAAAGAUGUGAGGCCGCGAAAACUUGCCUGCGAUUUGAGGUGUUCGUAUUACGAAACCUGUGCAAUUUAUGGCCUAAAUGUUGAACGAGUUUUUCAAGAUGUGUGCGAGAAGAUUAUCCAAAAAGUUUACACAAAACAGUCACGAUCGAAUGGACAGCACACGAUCGAAAGUGACUCGAAUUUUUGCUCACCCUCGAAUGUAAAAAAUUUCCAGCUACCUGCCAAAGAAUUGAACACUAACAGUCCUAUUAAAAUUCAUAUUUCGGAAAAAAGCGAGGAAGUUCGUCCUGAAGUGACACGGCAUAAUCCACUGCAAAACGAAUCGCCCGUUGCCAAUGAGAGUUUUCAAUACGCACAGAAUUCACACACUGAAUUUCGAUCGUCUAUUUUAACACCAACAACGAUCAGAAAAUUUAGAAGAAAAUCGAAUUUAUUUACGCCAUCGAAGAAAGAAAAGUAUAUGGGCGAAAUGGGUGUUGGAAGAGAGAUUCCCGUGAAGCAAGGAUAUCUUUUUAAACGUAGUAGUAAAUCAUUGAAAGAGUGGAAGAAAAAAUACGUAACUUUAUUGGAAGAUGGACGAUUGACUUACCACUCGAGUUUACAUGAUUACAUGGAAGAUUCAAAUGGCAAGGAGAUUCUUCUACAAUACGUAACUGUCAAAGUGCCUGGUAAAACUCCAAAAGGUUCAAAGGCAACAAGCAGUCAUGAAGAUAGUUUCGAAUUUUCAAUAAUUUCAUUGGAAAACAAAACGUGGCAUUUUGAGGCGAGCAGCAUUGAGGAUAGGGACAGUUGGAUUGCGGCAAUUGAGCAGCAAAUUUUAUCGAGUCUACAAAACAGUGACGCAGAUCGAAAAAACGAAACUGAUGCCUUUAAAAUGCAUUGUAUUAAAAAUAAAGUCUCUGGUAAUGACGCUUGUGUCGAUUGUGGAGCACCAAAUCCAGAUUGGGCGAGUUUAAAUCUCGGUGUUUUAUUGUGCAUCGAAUGCUCUGGAAUUCACAGAAAUUUAGGAUCUCAUAUAUCGAAAGUCAGAUCCCUAGAUUUGGACGAUUGGUCCGCUGGCCAAUUGAGCGUGAUGUUGGCGCUUGGAAAUGACAUAGCCAACAGCGUUUGGGAAUAUUGUUUAAAUGGAAAGCAGAAACCAAAUACAGAAUCAACACGAGAGGAAAAGGAACAAUGGGCGAGAUGGAAAUACGAGGAGCGAUUGUUUUUACCACCAAUUAAUCCGAAUAUUUCACUGGGGAAACUUCUAAUUGACUCAGUUUGCAGGGGUGAUAUGUGUGCGUUUACACUGUGCCUAACUAGAUGUAAUUACGAGGACAUUAAUUCGUCGGUCAGCGCUGAAGAUUUACGAACUCCUCUUCAUCUUGCUUGUGCAACUGGAAAUCUGGCCAUGGCUCAAUUAUUAAUUUGGCACAAGGCAAAUCCACAAAAUUUGGAUCAUGAGGGACGAACUUGCAUGUCUUAUGUAAGAGCAUUGGAACGAACAUUGGACAAUUCCUCUGAUUCAUUGGAAAUGCAGAAACUAUUGCAAGUACUCGAACAGGCGAGUGUUUCUGGUAAUGAUGAUCCAGAAGUGAGCCAGUAUUAAUAAUUAUUUCGGUAGUGUCUCAGGAAAUGCUAAUGAGAAAAAUGAAUCUUUUUCAAUAAUAUUCAAUCGUCAUUUACUAUGUACUUACCCGUGUGAUUAGUGCUUUUAUGGCUUUUAUACAAGAGACUUUUUCAUUGUCAUGAAUUUAUAUUUUAUUUUUUUUUCAUUGCCAAUUGAAUUAUUAUUUUUUUAUUUAUUUUAUUUUUUUAUAAUCAACUAUGUUCCAUUUCCUUUGAUUCAUUGAUUUAUGACAUUACUCGAAUGUGUAGAAGAUUGAUUAGUGAACCCUUUAGUUCGUUGAAGCAGAAAAUUUUAGCUCGAUGAUAAUCGUUAACGUCACUCGAUUCGCGUUUUCAUUCCGUUUUAACAAAUGUUUACAAAAAAAAAAGAAAAAGAAAAUGAAAAACUAAGAGAAAAAAAAAGAAACAUGGAUGAAACACAUUAUCGAAUCGAGUGUAUGUUGUCAAUGACUGAGAAGUACAAAUCACUCAUAAAUCUAGUUAUAUUUAUACAUUUAAUGUAUUUAAAUCGUGCUUUUACAAUUUUCAUGUUUAUGAAAUAUAUCGUAUUGUCUCCUAA